UUCGCUGAAACAUUAUCCAGGGCCCUGCAAGUCUCUUGUGUUUGACCCGCGGUCGUUUGUCGACCUGUGCAAAAAUAUCACCCCACAACCGCCCGCAGCCAUGUUCUCCGCCGAAGAUGCUAAAGAGAUCUUCCAACUACUGGCUUCGGAGGGCGAUCUCAGCAAUCCUCUGAUACUUUCCUCACGUGGUCAUGGCUUCGUCACACGCAAGUAUACUCGACAAGCAUUCGAAGACAUUGUCACACAGGGUUAUGGCCGCAGUCUAAGUCAAAAAGUCUCUAUCAUAUCUCUAGCCCGUGACUUGGACGUAAGUGUGGAGACCGUGUAUAGUCUUGUGGACGAAUGUGAAGGCACACUCCUUCUGCGCAGUUCCAACGGCCGCGACAUCUUCGCCAAGACCCAACGAGAUGCUAUUAAUCAAGACCUUGAGGCCGGCGUUGUGCACGGUCUUGUCUCGAAGGAUGCGUUUGCACGCAAGAACGAUCUUUCGCACGGUAGUCUCGACCUUCUCAUUGAAGCGUCAGGGACGCAGAUAGUCGAAGCGAGCGGUCAUCUCUACAGUACCUCGUACAGCACUGCUGCGACGAGUGCUGUAGCAAGUCUGCUCAGAGACCACCUUCAGCAGUUGCAAGCCCUUGAUCUUGACUCCACAGAUGUCCCUGGAAGCCCUCCAGCGUGGUUUAUAAUCCAGAUCAUUGACAGCCUGCUGGAAGACUCCGAGUUUGCUGAGAAGUUCUACGUUGACAGGCUGUCAAGCGGGGUGCGCUGUACGCCGGUACAGCUAAUCAAACAAGCACAUGACACUCUCAUGAACAACCUGAAAUCCGGAAAGACAGCCUAUAUCAAUAUAAAUGCUCUUCAACACGAGUUUGCGACAAUAUAUCCGUCUAUCGAUAAAGUACGGACUGCUUUAGAGAGCACUGAAGGCGUUGAGCUUGUAAACACCUUUGCACUUUCUGAAGCUUGGAUAUCCAACUUCAGUAAGGAAUGUGUAGCGGGCAUGGCUCAAGACGGAGACGUGGACUUUGGGCCCGUUAUAGCCAACUUUCCUGACAGCAUAUAUGCCAUUGUUUUGGAAAAAGUCGAGCAGACGAUUCGAAGUCUUGCACCUAGUGUGCAUCGCGCUGGCGAGAGCUUGUUGAGCGAAGACAGCUACUCCCGACACCGUGGUAUACUAAUCGAUCUUGCCAGAGCUGAUGCAGUCUCCCAAUGGCAGCGAUCCAAAGAAGACGCAAGAGUAGAUACUAAAUACUCGCUGUCAAACACUUUCUAUCAAAUUCUGGAAGACAAUCCAGUGUUACAAAAUCUGGUCAAGGAGCGAACACUAGAACGUACAAUCGACGAAGCUUUCUCCGCCAAAAUAUCAGAACUUGAAAAGCGGAACGAGACAGAAUUCGCAGACUACUGGACAGAUCGGGUGGUCACGCGUGUAGCGAUCUAUACAGAGGGCUUAGAUGCAGUAGAGGAUCAAAAACUGCAAGAUCAGCUGUCAGAUCUUCUGGCCCAGUACAUACGGAAGGAUCUUGUGCCGGAUGCACUCGCAAAAGCCACAUCACAGGGACUUGUAUCGAGUCGGAAAACCUGCAAGAACAUCCAGAGGCUACAGUCCACACUCAGCUCAGGCAGCACGGGGAUCGCAGCGCUCACGACCUCUCUCGACAAGUUCUACAAGAAGCUGUCGAUGGAUGGAGCUGUGGGCCCGGAUUUGGAAGCGUCGAAAGCGACGAUGCUCGCAGACAUGGCACGGAGAAUGCAAAAGCAGAAGAAGUCGGAUGGGCCUCUUCUCUUCCUGACGCUGAUUGUCUUUCUCUUCGCCAAACAUAACGCGGGUGUAGUCUAUGCAACUGGUAAGUUUGCACCAAAGCUGCUGAAACAGCUUAAGCCGGUACUUGAUGCGGAGCAGUACGCACAACUGGAGGCAUGGAAAGAAGCUGCAAGGUCAAGCUCGUUAAGCGCGGAGGAUAGGGACGGCAUGAGGACGAUGGUCGAAGCAGGCGUCUAAGUAAAGUGCCCGCGACCGCUACAAAACACUACUACAUAUUUACCUUUGACCCGACCUAAGAUUGUCUUUUCUUGCUACAUCUAACGCAUAACGAUAUUUCCCAUGCGGCCUCUAAGGCCGCGUAAGUGUAAAAUAGACAAUGUCGGGG